AGCUAACUCAGGCUGCUGCAUAACGGUACUGCAGGCUCGGACUAGUUCCUGGAAUCUUAACUUGUUUAUGCUGACAACAUUUCCCCUUAUUAUCUCAUAGUUUUGUCAGAAAUGCUUUAUAGUGCUGGCCAGCAGCACUGCGACGUAAACUGUGCCGUUGGACGUGCUAUUCGUCAACAUCCAGAUUAACGAUACGCAACCAUAUGAUAGAAAUUCGACGGUCAAUGAAGAUGCCUACUGUGAAAUACCAGAGAGGGGACACAGUGAUGGGCCGCUGGCCCGGCAGCAGCCUGUACUACGAAGUGAAGGUGCUGCGCUUUGAUGCCAAAAGUCAGCUCUACACUGUGAUCUACAAGGAUGGUACUGAGCUGGAGCUUAAGGAGCAAGACAUCAAGAGUGCUGCUGGUUUCCAGACCCGCUCACGGUCCCGCUCCCGUUCUCGAUCACCAGGCCGUCGUCGCAGCCGGUCCCGCUCCCCAGCAAGGACAACGCGACGCUCGUCCUCUCGUACAGCGGCGGUUGUCGCUGCUGCAGCUAUAACAGACAGCGUGCCGCCUUCUCGUAGGGACACAAAACUGAAGGAUACAUUGGAAGUUAGACUCAGCCCCCUGCAACAGACAAAGGCAGCUGAGAACAAUAGCAACAAUAAACAUGAAAAGAAAGAAGAGAAACAAAAAGAGGAAAAUAACAUGGCUAACAAAGUAAAUGAGACGUCCGAAGCAAAGGUAGAGGCAGAGCCGGCCCGUUACAAUCUGCGCCGCAGGAAGGACGAUGGAGGUGCCAAACCUGCUGCAGCUGAACCAGAGCAACAGGAGGAGGUGGCAGCCAAGAUGGCUGCAACUCUUACUGCCACCCUCUCUACCCCACUUGACUUUGGAGGGAAGUUAGGAGCAUACUUCUGGCUGCUCUUUCUGCCAGCCUGGGUUCUCUUCCUGGUUCUCCAAGUCAACCUGGAGGAUCCCAGCCUGACCAACUUCCCUCCUCCUCUGCCCCCUCUUGAAGCCCUCUUGGAUGUCCAGGCCUUUGGCUUUGUCAUCCUCUGGAUCUUAUUCCAGGCUGUGCUCUACAUCCUGCCUGUUGGAAAGUUGAGUGAGGGCAUGCCACUGAGGUCUGGGGAGAGGCUGAAGUACAGAACCAAUGGUUUCUUUGCCAUUGUGGUGAGUGCUGUGGCAGUGGCAGCAGCAGUGUACCAGGGUGUUGACCUCACCUACAUCCACAGCCAUUUCCUGCAGCUAGCUGUGGCCUCCUUCCUCAUCUCCGUCCUUCUAAGCGUCUACCUGUACGUCCGCUCUCGCUACACUUCCCCAGAGCAGCUGGCACUGGGAGGGAACUCUGGAAAUGUUGUUUAUGACUUUUUCAAAGGACGUGAGCUCAAUCCUCGCAUCAAAGACUUUGAUCUGAAAUUCUUCUGUGAGAUGCGUCCUGGACUGAUAGGCUGGUGUUUGAUCAACUUUGCGAUGGCGCUAGCUGAGAUGAAGAAGCAAGGUCUGGAUGCACCAUCAAACCCCAUGAUCCUUGUGAACCUCUUCCAGCUACUUUACGUGGUGGAUGGCCUCUGGAACGAGGAAGCCAUCCUGACCACUAUGGACUUGAUGCAUGAUGGUUUUGGCUUCAUGUUGGCUUUUGGUGAUCUGGUGUGGGUUCCCUUCACUUAUACCAUGCAGAGUUAUUACCUGGUCAGCCACCCCAACCCGCUGAGCCUCCCAGCACUGACAGCCAUCGUCAUACUCAAACUCGUUGGCUUCUACAUCUUCAGGAAAUCCAACUCUGAGAAGAACGCCUUCAGGAGAAAUCCAUCAGACCCAAAACUGUCUUAUCUGAAAACGAUCCCUACAGCUACAGGGAAGAGUCUCCUGGUCUCUGGCUGGUGGGGUGUCGUCCGCCACCCGAACUACCUGGGAGACCUCAUCAUGGCUCUGGCCUGGUCCCUACCCUGUGGCUUCAGCCACCUCCUGCCGUGGUACUACAUGAUCUACUUCAUCAUACUGCUUGUGCACAGAGACUCCCGCGACAUGAGUGAGUGCAGGAGGAAGUACGGGUCAGCGUGGGACGAGUACUGCCGAACUGUUCGCUACCGGAUCAUUCCCCGUGUCUACUGAGGAACCUCAUGUUGGACACUUGAGCUGAGGCCUUUUUUGACCCAAUAUCAUGGCUGUGAAGGCUCGCAAAAACAAACAAACAAAAAAAAAACAAAUAUGAAUGGACUAAGUGACUGAAUUGACUUUUUUUAGAAUCUUUUUUUUUUUUUUUUCCCGUUGUUUGUUUAAACCAAGAAUUUUAAAAAUCUUUCUGGACUGAAGAAGCUACAUUACAUUGAAGUUUUAGAUGGAAGAAAAAAAGACUCUAAUUCUAAUUGGUAUUAUGGACUGUUCAAAGAAUUUCCUUAAGAAAUAUAUACUCUAAAAUCUUACAAAAUGGGAAAACAAAAUAAACGCCUCUGCUAGGAAUGUCAUGUUAGGAUGUAUAUUUUUGUAUAUACACAUUUGUUUUAAUACUUAAAGAAUAACACACCACUUACUUGUUUUGGAAAGUUUUACGCUUUGCUUCCACGUUCAAAAUUACAAUAUCAUCUCGGCUAUAAUGAAUACUUUUGUAAGUACACCUUCAGACUAUAAUUUUACAGAUUGUGUAUAUUGUGAAGGAUGGGAUUAAGAAUGCUACUUUUUUAAAAUAACUUUCUGUACACAGGAACGAGGACUUGUGUUCUUUCUCAGGACCCAGAACUUUGUAAGAAAGUUGAAUUAGAAGAAGAAGAAGAGUUUCGUCUUAAUAAUUUUGUUGUGUAUAGUUUUAUAGAAAAAAAUAGUUUUCACUUGAGAGUGUAAAAUGAUUUUCGGAGGUUUCAAGAAAAAUGCACUAAUAUGGUAAGGCAGUUUUGUUUUAAUCAGUUCCAAAGUGUAUUUGAUUUGGCUUUGCUACCUCAGGUUCACUCACUGUCUAGCUCUCUCUCCUCUGUGUCCUCUGGGAGGCGGUGUGUGUAAUUAUGAGUGUGAUGUCACUGCUGAAGAGAGGAAAAUGAGUGUUAGCAGCCAUAAUGAUCAGCAGCACCUAUCCACAUCACAGACUGGUCACACUUUUAGAAGGGCAAUCCCACCUACUUUCAUUUUUGCAUUUUUGUAGAAUUGAUGAAACCAUCUGUAUUUCUGCAGUGUACUCUCAUGAACUGGUUGUUGAUUUCCCACUAUGGCCACAUGAAUUUGGUUUUUACCUAUAUAAGCUUUACCCACCCAUGUCAUAUGAUGCAUACUGUUUUAAUGAAGUUUAGACUGUGACAACAUACAGAGCUGUGGACUGUGUUAGCAUUUAUAAUCUGUGCAUUUGCAAACCCAAACAAGUAUUUUUAUGCCUGUGCAGCUUUAGAUGAGUACAUGAGUAGCAAUAAGUAUAUUUAGGUAGCAUUUUUUAUGCUUUGCUGACUCAAUAACCUGUAAAUACAUAUUUUUUAAAUCAUGUCAUUUUGAGUAAAAGAAUUGAAAGUAGUGAAAAAAUGAUGUUUCAGUAGAUAUUUAAUGUUGCUGUUUAUUUUUUUAAUUUUGUUUUUAAGUUAACUUUUGACCACUGUAGUUAUGUUUACAGCUAGAUUUGCCAUCUCUGGGCAAUUCUUCAAAAUAUAUUAAAAAAUGUAUUAUGAUCUGCUACCCUCAUUUCCUGACCAGAGAAAGAAAUGUUUGAUCCAUUAGAUGCCACCAUUCUUUAUGCUUCAGGACACAUUAUGGUGAUAGUGUUUUCUUGAUGGUGGUAACCCUCUCUCCUUGGUUUGGCAGUCUGUGAGUGGGAAGCAAUAAGUUGGAUGUAUUUUGAUAUACAGUCCAGACUGUAACUACUUGGACAGUAUGCAUUUUUCUUUUUUGUUCUUCAGGCUUUGUGCUUCAGCAAAUUCAUUUUGAAAUAAAACGAUCAAUAUGA